UCAGUGUUCUUUCGUUUUCACUAUGAUAAGAAUAUGUGCGUUCUCUUGUCUUCUUUCUGCUCUGAGUGUUGUGGAGAUGAAGCCUCUCAACAUAAGGGGACAUGUUGGGGAGACUGUGACGAUCAAAUGCUCCAAGUGGAACACUUUGUUUAGUGUUAAAUCUAACGUAAAGUACUGGUGUUAUAGUCCAUGCUCGGAAGACAAACACGUCAUCGUCAAAGCAGCAUUUGGAGAGACUAAACACAGGAAUCGGAUACAGUUAGUUAACAGCGGAGCAGAUGCAUUUGUGACCUUCACUAAUCUCCAACAGUCAGACUCUAACAAAUAUUAUUGUGGAGUGGAUAAGUUUGGCCAUGAUUCAAUGAUAGAGGUGAAUCUUGAAGUUACAGAAGCUGAGUCUUCAAGGCCCAAGACAACUCCAAAAGCAUUUGAUGUGAACACCUCCACGAUGUCUUCAAGCAGCUCAGAUUUCAUCACUGAUACCUCUACGUCACACAUCAUCCAUCCUACAACAACACAAGGGGCUGGCAAUGGACCAUUUUUCAUCGCGGGUUUCAUUUCAUUAAUAAUAGUCUUGGUGGUGGUUGCACUGAUUCUGACCCGGAAGGUGAUGAAGAAACAACAGAUGGUCGUUACCACCCAACAACAAGAUGCAGGACAGGGCCCUGCAGAUCCUGAUGGAGUCUACCAGUCACUCCACCUGUUCAUGAAGGAUGAAGACGCAGUCUACAGCACUCUCGAAACCUCCCAAACCGCACAUCACUCACCUGUGUCGCGAUGAUCACUGCAGAGCCAUUUCAUCACUAUCAUAUGAAAGAAUGCUGAUAAUCAUAAUAAUGACUGAAGCUUAUUGUUUCAUUGUGCUAUAAAUGGAAAAUAACCUUCAGCUGUUUUUCACUCGGGCCUGCAGCUACAAACCUUAAUGCCGUUUUGGUUGUCUUUGCGGAGAGAGUGUAUCAAAUACUAUGAUUUAUUCAUUGGCUUAGUGGUUUCAACUGUCCCACAUCUUCUGGUAAAAGUCACUGAAUGUGUUGUCCUCUAAACAACUUUCUCUUUUUAUUCCCCAACUUGAAGCAUGUCUUUAUUUUCUCAGAAAGCUGCUCUAAAAGUGACAAGCAGCAGCUCAAUGAUCUGGAUUCAUUCUAAUUAACAGACAAGAGUGCACACUUGUUGUGUUCUUGUUCUAAGGCGAGGGUUUUGGUUGGAAUCAGACAUGGAGUGUAUGACGUUGGUUGAUUUUAAAUCCAUUUCCUGCUUGUAUGAAGGGAUUUUAUUUACUGCAAUAAUACAAUGAUGACUGCAGCCAAAAAAUGUUGUCUUCUGUGUUUUUAUUUGCAUUGAAUUUGAGUUAUGUCCGACAUAAGCAUGCUGUGAAUUAUUUCUCUUUGAAGUUGGUGCAUCUUGCUGAAACCUGUCAGUGGUGGUUUCAAGUGUCUACACUUGAUUAUUGCACAAAGCUUUGCUAUCCGU